AUGUUGUGAAAUCACAGCAAAAACUGCCAAAAAAUUUAUAAUUCUGUACCUGAAGUCAUAAUUUACGUCAAAAUCUUCACUCGUUUUCAACUUCUUGGCAGACGCACUCACGCCUUCCGCGUCACCUUCAAUCUCGAAUCUGUUCUUCGGUCGUCUUUUCGACACGUUGCUUCGACGCCGCGUUGAAUGCAAUUCUUUUGUGCCUUUUUGUCGCAAAUACAUUUUUUUUUUAUCACUCAUUUUGCUAACACUCCGAAAUUACACAAAAACUGCUCAACUCGAAGCGCACACGUACAACAAUAAACGACGGUUAUUGAUUACAAGAGGGAAAAUCAUGUGUUUCGUACACGAAAUAAUGCAAUACUGACGCGUAAACACGUGUUUCUAUAUGAAAAUGCUUCUAAAACUACCUCUAGAGACAUCUAGUAGUGUCUCACAUAACUUAGAAAUCAAUAAGCAAGGUAUUAUGCACUACUCUCUCGACAGGUUUCCACCCGGAGCAGGUAGCCGUUUCGGAGUCGCCCGACUCGUUCAGUACAUAGCUCGGAAUUUCGAUGAAAAAAAUUAGUUUCACGUAUAAAAGUUUUUUCCUCGUAUUCUACAGGGUUCAAAGGAUUUUUUAAGCCCAAAAAAAAAAUCGAUUUUUUGAAAAUUUUACAGUGGUGUUACUUAGAGUUACCUGAAACGUACCUUUAUCAUGAUACCAGCACUGACGUAACAGUACCUCGUCAGUGGUAUAGUAGACGGACAGCUUCUUGCAAACCUAUCGACGACUCGUCGUGCUUGGUAGUCUCAGCUUCUCUCCCGCGCAGAAACAUGUAUCUUGUGCAUUCUUCUAACGAGAAAAAGCCGAAUACAGUGAUAUAGUACUGACUUUAUCUAAUGAGAUAAUUAAAAUUCAAGACGUGCAAUCACCAAUAAUAAUAGUAAUGGUGCCAAAAUCAAAUCGACAUUUCGAGAUUUUGCUGAGAAACAAAAUAAGAUAAUUUUAUUUUAUUAUAUUUUGCACUUGACACAUUUUAUUGAAACUAAUAGAACAGCAAAGCAUAAAUUUAAUGUGACAUGUUUUAAUUAUUGCGAAUUUAAAACUUACAUGAAAAAUUAUAUGAACACUAAAUUUGAUUAUCUCGUUAUUCUAAACUAUAUUUUUAUGUGACAUAAUGAGUGGAAAAAAGUUUGCAUUGGUGUGUUUCGUGCUUCUUUUCGUUAUUUCGUUAUCGAAAUCGCAGCAAAGUUUUACCAACAGAAAUGAUAAUUUGACGAUGCGAUACGAGAUAAUAACAUUCCGACAUAAUUUGCAUAAAAAUUUGAUGAACAAUACACAAAAUGACAAAAUGCAGCAUGAAUUUCAUAUGAAUAAUAAACGCGAGGAUAAUGAUUUGAUUCAACAUAAACGUUACAAGCAUUCAAUGCAGAAUAAAGAUGAUGAGCAAAAAUCGAUAAAAUCUAACACGAAUUUGACAAAUGUCAAUCAUAAAAGGAAUUUCACGCCGCAGGAAGUUUAUGAAAAUGUAAUUGAAAAGAAUGAUUCCAUGUCACUUGAAGUUCUCAAAAAUUUUAGCAAAGAUGCUAACAGAACUAACAUCGUCCCUAACGAAAUGUGUUAUAAUGAUACUUGCAUUCGGCUCUGCUGUUCUCUUGGCGAUCGUCUGUUUGAUGAGUGCAUUCCUGAAGAAAUUGAAUACAUUUUUCCAAAAGUAUACACGAACGAUUCGACGCAGAGCGAAAAGAGAAUAAACGAAUUGUUUAAUCUGGCCAUUUAUGAUUCGUGCCAGGAUAAUCACGUUCUGCUUUUCGAAGGUUUUCAGUACGAUUAUAAGAUUUUUACCAACGGUUCUAUAUAUUUACCUUAUUAUAAAAUAUUUGUUGAAUCGACAUCAUAUUGUCUCGCCGUCGUCGACGGGAAUGAGUUCGAAGUAACCAUCUGUUCCAAAACUUAUGACAAGAUCAAGGAGAUAAUUGAUAAUGAACCCUUGUCUUCUGAUGAUAUUAUGGAACUAAGUGCAUAUAUAUUGUCUAUAUUACCUUUGGGGUUAGUAUUUCUGGUGUAUUCCAUAUUGCCAGAACUCCGAAAUGUACAAGGCUUCAUGUUGCGCAAUUACAGCGGUGCCUUGUUUGUUGCAUACGGAUUUGACACUGUGGAUUUUUUUAUCAAUUCGAAUGAUGUACAAUAUCCCGUCUGCGUUACAAUAGCCUUUAUAAGAUAUUUUUGUUUUCUGGCGGGAUUCUUUUGGCUAAAUAUAAUAAGCUUUGAUAUGUGGUGCACAUUCAGAGGAUUCAGUUCGUUACGAAGAAACGUCACACGAGAAAACAGAAAGUUGAUAUAUUAUACGAUCUUUGCGUGGGGAUGUCCCUUUAUGCUUGCUUUUUUAUGUGUCAGCAUGGAUAUUCUUUCCGCGUAUGUAAAUGUACCACCGAUUUUGCGACCGGAAUUUCAUUUAGGAGAUUGCUGGUUCAAUGAGAAUGGUCCGUAUUACUUGUAUUAUUAUGGACUCGAAAAUAUGUGCAUCAUCAGUAGCAUUUGUUUAUUUAUUUUUACGGCAUUAAAAAUUGAACGUUUAAAAAAGGAUACAGGUCAUCGUCUGAACGAUUCGGAAAGCAAGUGCUAUAACAAUAAUAAAAAAUGGUUUAAUCUAUAUCUGCAGCUAUUUAUCGUGCGGUUUAUGGUAAUAGGCAUAGAAUGGCUCAUUAUCGCAGUGGGUGAAUUAACUAAAAAUCAAUCAAUUUACUACUGGUAUGUUAUUCAUUUGCUGGACUUUAUGCAGAGUCUAUGCGUCUUUAUCAUAUUUGUGUGUAAAAAAAGAAUCAAGCGUAUGUUAUUCAAACGAUUCGGCUGCGGUUUGUAGCCAAAAGUUUGACACGGAUCCAGUGCAACACUGUCGAGCAUUAUUACCACGUAAAAAGAAAUAGUCAUACAGGAGAAAAUGAUUUCUUCCGGACGAACAUAAAGUUACACUGAUAUGACCGAUCUUUAAUUUUAUUCGAAAAUUAAAGUCAUGUUUAUUUAUGUUGAUCUUUAUGUUUUAGAUUAAUAAUUAUAAUUCACAUAUUUUCGGAUUUUGUAGCAAAAGCAUAUUAUUUUGUCUCGUUUCUUUUUCAUAUUCAAAUAAGAUUAUGUUACAUUUUUUUAAAUAAAUAUUUAUAAUAUUGUUAAU